AUGACUAUGAUAGGUGGACUCGAGGAUAUCCAGGAAGCUGAAAAAGAAGGCAAAAUUUACUGGAGUUACUUAAGCUAUGGACAUACAUCUUGGAAUCAGUGUAAAGAAGCCUUCCUUGGUACUGAAGAAGGUAAUGUGAAUGUGAAAGAAACAGAAACACAUGACAAUGUUCAGAUUCAUGAAAAAUAUUGCAGUGGAGGGAAACCCUAUGUAUGCAAGCAAUGCAGGAAAGGUUUUACCACACAUGGAAUUUGUAAGAAACAUGAAAGAAUUCACAGAGGAAAGAGACCCUACAUAUGUGAUCAGUGUGGGAAAGCUUUUACAGCACAUACAUAUUGUCAAGUACAUGAAAGACUUCACUCUGGAGAAAAACAUUAUGAAUGUAAGCACUGUGAGAAAGCUUUCAGCACAUGUACUUAUUGUGUAAUCCAUGAAAAAAUUCACACUGGGCAGAAAUCGCAUAUAUGUAAGAAAUGUGGGAAAGCUUUUAGCAGGAAAAUUCAUUUUCAAAUACAUGAAAAUGUUCACACUGGAGAGAAACCCUAUGUGUGUAAGCAAUGUGGAAAAGGUUUCACCCAAGUAGGACAUUGUAAGGAACAUGAAAGAAUUCACACUGGAGAGAAACCUUAUGUAUGUAAGCAAUGUGGGAAAGCUUUUACCCGACACGGAUAUUGUAAGAAACAUGAAAGAUUUCACACUGGAGAGAAACCCUAUGUAUGUAAGCAAUGUGGGAAAGAUUUUAAAACACAAGGAGUUUGUAAGAUACAUGAAAGAAUUCACACUGGAGAGAAACCAUAUGUAUGUAAGCAAUGUGGGAAAGCUUUUAAAACACAGGGAGAUUGUAAGAUACAUGAAAGAAUUCACACUGGAGAGAAACCAUAUGUAUGUAAGCAAUGUGGGAAAGCUUUUAAAACACAGGGAGAUUGUAAGAAACAUGAAAGAAUUCACACUGGAGAGAAACCAUAUGUAUGUAAGCAAUGUGGGAAAGCUUUUAACAGACAGGAAGGUUGUAAGAGACAUGAAAGAAUUCACACUGGAGAGAAACCAUAUGUAUGUAAGCAAUGUGGGAAAGCUUUUACCACUAAUGCAAAGUGUAACGAACACGAAAGAAUUCACACAGGAGAGAAACCAUAUGUGUGUAAGCAAUGUGGGAAAGCUUUUAAAACACGUGCAUAUUUUAAGGUUCAUGAAAGAAUUCACACUGGAAAGAAACCAUAUGUAUGUAAGCAAUGUGGGAAAGCUUUUAAAACACAGGGAUAUUGUAAGAAACAUGAAAGAAUUCACACUGGAGAGAAACCCUAUGUAUGUAAGCAAUGUGGGAAAGCUUUUAACAGACAGGAAGGUUGUAAGAGACAUGAAAGAAUUCACACUGGAGAGAAACCAUAUGUAUGUAAGCAAUGUGGGAAAGCUUUUACCACUCAUGCAAAUUGUAACGAACACGAAAGAAUUCACACAGGAGAGAAACCAUAUGUGUGUAAGCAAUGUGGGAAAGCUUUUAAAACACGUGCAUAUUUUAAGGUUCAUGAAAGAAUUCACACUGGAGAGAAACCCUAUGUAUGUAAGCAAUGUGGGAAAGCUUUUAGCACAUGGGGAGAUUGUAAGAAACAUGAAAGAAUUCACACUGGAGAGAAACCCUAUGUAUGUAAGCAAUGUGGGAAAGCUUUUAGCACAUCGGGAGAUUGUAAGAAACAUGAAAGAAUUCACACUGGAGACAAACUCUUAUGUAUGUAAAUAAUGUGGGAAAGCUUUUAAAAUGUAGUGAGAUUGUAAGAAACAUGAAAGAAUUCACAAUGGAGAGAAACCCUAUGUAUGUAAGCAAUAUGGGAAAGGUUUUACCAACUCUGGACAUUGUAAGCAACAUGAAAGAAUUCACACUGGAGAGAAACCAUAUGUAUGUAAGCAAUGUGGGAAAGUUUUUACCCAACAUGGACAUUGUAAGCAACAUGAAAGUUCACACUCAAGAUAAAACCAGUGUAUAUAAGAAUCAUGAGAAUGGUUUGAGCACACGUAUAUAUUGCAUAAUGUAAGAAAAUCUUCACACUGGGCAGAAAACUUAUAUAUGUAAGGAAUGUGGGGUAGGUUUCAGCAGAAAUGCUCAUCGUGCAAUACAUUAUAAAAUUUAGACUGUUGAGAAACCAUGUGUACAUGAAGAAUGUGGGAAAGCUUUCACCAAACAUGGAUAUUGUAAAAUACAUCCAUGACUUCACAUUGGUGAGAAACCCUAUUUAUAUAACAAUGUGGCAAAGCUUUUACCACAUACAGUCACUGUAAAACACAUGAAAGAAUUCACACUGGGAAAAACCACUGGCUAUGUAAGCAAGUGGAGACACUUUCAGCAGCCAGAUUAUAAGUGAAAUACAUGAAAAAACUCACCCAAGAGAUAAAUCUUAUGUGUUAUGAGAAUACUCUCAGCAUACUUGAUCAUUGUUACAUAUCUGAAAGAGCUCACUGGGCAGAGAUCCUAUGUGGAUUAACCAUGUGAGAAAUACAGCAAUCCAUGUUUCUUGUUAAAUACAUAGAAAAAGUGUCACUGUUCAGACAGUUUAGAUCUAAAUUUACUUUAAAAAUCACAGGGAGACCUGAAGAAAUAA